GCUUUCCUUCGGUCAUCGUGCCCUCUGUUGCACAGGUGAUGAUGUAUGAUUUUCCUGCACUCCGGUCUAAAGAUAUGCUUGACUGGUCCUCCGAAGUGGUCCCAACAUACCGGACUGCGCUAUUUCUUUCUCAUUUCGUAAUGCCAUCGAGUACGAUGUACUUGUCCCAAUGUCUCUGCGUCUGCCCCGGGCAAGAAAAAAAAAAGACGAAUACCGCUGGGGCGGAACCGCAGGAACCUGUUAGACAGGGGCAUCAUUUCCCCUAGGAUCCGAUCGGGUUCAGCUCACGAG